CGGCGACGACGAGUGCAUGAAUUUACAUAACUACAUACUCUACUGCCAGUGGAGAACUACGUAGUUGCGGAUCAUGACGGGCACCAAUUUGGCCGCAUCAACGGUUUCAUUUCUCACCGCUACUGGUACACACACGGAAUCCGAUGCGGCUCGCAGAAUCAACGCAGAAUCGACGUUUUUGUAUGCCGUAGUCUAUGGAGCACACCCAAAGAUGUGCAGCUCCGCCCGCGAAGGACGCUCCAAACAGCUUUAUGGCAUACGAUAUGAUAGGCCAGAGUGACGAACGUUCUUCCCAUUGAAUCCAUUCUGGGGUUUGGCAGUUGCCACCAAGUCGACUGUAGCUGUACACACUGCUCCCUAUUAAUAAUUGGUACUACAGCCCGAUGGACCAGCAUCUAACCACUUCCCCGAGAACCCAUGAGGACGCAAAGUCUGCUUUUUACCUUAGGACUAUGCUGCAUAGCGAGCACUGCGCCUACUCAGAUUGUACUGGAUCUGGAUACAUCACUCGAUGGACUUCAACCUUCUCCCAGGAAGCUUCACGGUCGUUUUCUGCACAUCACAGAUAUUCACCCCGAUCCGUUCUAUGAACCUGGCGCAUCCCAAUCCUCUGCAUGCCAUCGAGCCAACCUCAAGGGCAAUCGUCCGGCAGGCUACUAUGGAACACCAUACAGCUCAUGUGACUCCCCAUUCAGCCUUACGAAUGCCACACUUGACUUUUUGGACGAACAUUGGACCUCUGAAAUUGAUUUUGUAAUUUGGACAGGUGACAACGCAAGACACGACAACGAUGACGAAAUACCACGACCACUUGACGAAAUUUAUGACUUAAAUCGCGCCGUGGCUAGGAAGAUGGAGCAUGUAUUUGUGAGCAAAGGCAUCCCAGUCGUGCCAAGUUUGGGAAACAAUGACAUAUGGCCCCAUAAUAAAUUAUCUGCUGGACCUAAUAAUAUUUUUGAGGAGUUCUCUUCGAUAUGGAGCGCAUUUAUACCCCCGACAUCAUCAGCAUCAUUUCACCAAGGAGCAUACUUUUCAACGGAGGUCAUACCUGACGCAGUGGCUGCUUUCAGUCUUAAUACCUUGUACUUUUAUAAGAAGAAUCAUGCUGUAGGAGGAUGUGAUUAUGCCGAACCAAAGGACCCUGGAAAUAUCCAACUCGAUUGGCUUGAAGAACAAUUGGAAAUAUUCCGAUCUCGACAGAUGCAGGUGUGGAUUACAGGACAUGUGCCUCCAUCCGAAACGAAGUACUUCCCCGAAUGCUAUUACCGUUUGGUAGAGUUGAAUCUGCGAUUCCAAGAUACGAUUCUAGGCAAUUUGUAUGGGCACCUAAACGUUGACCACUUCUCUUUCUUGGGCGCUGAUGAUAUCGACAUGUCUACAGAGACCUCGUCAAGCAGCACACUCUUCGAGACGCUCAUCGCUGGUUUUUCGGAGAUACCGGAACCUCUCGUGGAUACUCACUACGACAACUAUGCAGUGGUGAACGUUAAUGGCGCCAUUGUACCAAAUCCUUACAUUCCAUCCUUCCGAAUUUUUACGUAUAACACCACGGGACUGUCAAGUUUCACCAGCGAUGUCGGUUCUGAUCCAUAUCUUCAAACGAUAAAAGCGACUCAGCGGCAACGCACCUUGAACCACGAGCAAGUUCGCACAUUCAAGAAGCCGAAGUGUGAACGCAAGGAGUGCCGUAGCACGUGGCGGUGCCAAUUUGAUAAACCCCGGCACUCAGAUAGCCAGUCACCAUCAAGACGCAACUCGUUAUGGUCGCCCCUAGGAUUCGCACAGUACUACAUGCCAAGACUGGCAGAGUUCGAUCAGACCCAUGAUCCAGAGUUCGAACUCGAGUACAUGACCUUUCCUCUUUCACGCUUACAUCCCGAUGAGGAAGCACAAGAUGUCACGGAUCACCAAUAUGUUAUUCCUCUGCGGCUUUUGCCAGAAGAACUUCGCCAACCUGGUGUUGUGGAGUCGGAGUACACGCCUUACGAAUUGGAUGACUUGACCAUCCCAUCUUGGUUGGAUUUUGCCACGAGGCUUACGAAGGACGAGGGGCUUCGAUUAAGGUUCAAGGAGUUUAUGUAUAUUGGCGGGGUGGAGGAAUGAUUGUUUGAAGUAUCUGGUCGGGAGAGGGACAAGCUCGUCAAGGUGCGGGCUUUGUGUUGUUUGAUUAGUUUUGGCUGCAGGACUGAAGCGCGUUAUAAUAUUGUUACGUACUAAUAGUACCUAGUUUAUGUAAAACGGCGCAAUUGUAUUUCUUGAACCACAAUGAUAUCAUGA